GUGUGUUUGUGUGUGUUUGUGUGGGGAGGGCGUGUGGAGGGAAGGUUACCCGGAGCUCCAAGGCCGCUGGGGAGCAGGGAUCCCGGUGACGAAGAUGGGGGUAUUUCCCCUGUUUUCCACUUGGAAACUUCAGACCUCCCUUCAGGCUCCCUAGACACUUCCUGGGGCCCAGCCGAAGGUUUUACCCACCCAAAACGUCCGCAUUUUUGGGGGGAGUGAAACUCAACCCCUGCGGUCCAUCCCAGCGGAGCGUGAGCAGGGAAUGCCUGGGUCAACUGGGCCGUCGGGAUUCCGCACCGGCGCCGCCUCCGGAUUCAAUCCAAAAGAGACAUCUGUCUGUCUGUCUGGGCUGGGGGAAAGGCGUUUGUGGCCUGGGCCACAGUGAGGGCAGAAUAACCGGUGGGAAGGCUGCGUUUUCACGAAGGACUCGGGUGAAGCUGCAGAGCUGCCUUUGAGCCCUGACUCGUUGGCUUCGUGGGUCGGAGGAGAUCUUGUAAUGGAGUGGUUCUUCGUCUCACACUAACAAGAUGCCUGAUUUCCUCAGGAUCGAGGGAUUGAAGAAUGUCCCGGGUUCCAUUGGGGAAAGUCCUCCUGAGGAAUGUCAUUCGGCACACAGAUGCUCACAAUAAGAUUCAAGAGGAAUCAGACAUGUGGAAAAUAAGAGAACUGGAGAAACAGAUGGAAGAUGCUUACCGGGGGACAAAAAGAAAAAUGUUACCUAGUAGUUCAAGCCGGAUGCGUAGUGAUGGUUUUGAUGAAGAAAGUCAAAGAGACUAUUGGAGGCCAAAGAAUGAAAUUUCUGGGACAUUGGAAGAUGAUUUUCUAAAGACUAAAUCUUGGAACAAGAAGUUAUAUGAUUAUGAAGCUAACAUGCCAGACAGAUGGGGUCACAGUGGUUAUAAAGAGUUAUACCCUGAAGAAUUUGAAACAGACAGUAGUGAUCAGCAAGAUAUUACCAAUGGGAAAAAAACAUCUCAGGUAAAAUCAUCUACCCAUGAAUCCCGCAAACACAAGAAGUCAAAGAAAUCCCACAAAAAAAAGCAGAAAAAAAAAAAGUCACACAAAAAACAGAAGAAAAACAAAAAAAAAGCCACAGAUGUAGCAGCAGAUUCCUCAAGUGAAUUCUCAGAAGAAACCGGAACUUCUAGUACCAGGAAAAAGAAAGAACCACAUAAACGCAAGAAAAAAUCCAGGAAAAAGUCUCUCAAAAAACCUGCUUUAUUCUUAGAGGCAGAAAGUGACACUUCCCAGUCAGAUGAUUCAGCAUCCAGCAGUUCUGAAGAAAGUGAAGAAAGAGACACUAAGAAAACUAAAAGGAAAAAGAAAGAGAAAAAAGUUCAUAUCCCUAUAGCUAAUAAUGAAAUACAGGAGAGGACAAAUAAACGCACAAAUUGGAAAGUAGCUACAGAUGAAAGGUCUGCUGAGAGCUCAGAGGAUGACUAAGUGGGAAAGAAACAUUCUUACUUCCCUCUUGACUGAGAUACUUGCAGUUCUUAUGCCUUGGGGUUUUGCCUGUGACUCUUGUUCAGCACAGAGGGCCUGAGGUCAGAGCUGUCUUGUGCCAUCCAAACAUGUUCUGACAGACUCGUCUUCUAUUUUGGCCUGUUAAACUUGAUCCCCUUUUCUUGUUAAUAGGGAAUCUGGUAUUUUGUCAUGACAAUUUCUUGAAGAGAUUAUUUUUUGCAAUGAA